AUGUCAUUCUCAUGCCUAACUACCAUCAUUCUUCUAUUAGGGAGUGUCCUAGCUUUAGCAAAAGAUGGCCGGGACGAGAUUGAUCGAUUGGCUUUAUUAGAAUUCAAGGCUCGAAUAGCCGAUCCUAGUGGGGUUUUGAGCUCGUGGAAUGAUUCUAGCCACUUUUGCGAUUGGUACGGUGUCACAUGCGGUCGCAAACACCGAAGAGUCACUGUACUAGACCUUGGCUCCAAGAACUUAUCCGAGGUUGUGUCGGCCCAUAUUGGUAAUUUGAGCUUUCUGAGGGAAGUCAAUAUGGAGAAUAAUAGUUUUCAUGCCGAAAUUCCCCUGCAUUUUGGCUGCUUGCUUCGAUUGCAGAAAUUGUUCCUUAAUAACAACUCGUUCAGUGGUCAGAUCCCUUCGAAUCUCUCCUAUUGCUCUAAUUUGCUCGUUCUUAACUUAGGCUUGAACAUGCUCAAAGGAAAUUUGCCAACAGAACCGGGCUCAUUGUCCAAGCUCCAAGGACUUACACUUCAAGCCAACAGCUUGAUGGGAAACAUCCCGCCGUCUAUUGGAAACUUAUCAUCUCUUCAAAAGUUCGGAAUAAUGCGGAAUAACUUCGAUGGGACGAUCCCAAGGACUCUUGGCCAGCUGAGAAAUCUAAAGAUCCUCUAUCUCGCCAGAAAUAAAUUUUUCAGUACAAUUCCUAUCUCAAUCUUCAAUAUAUCCGCUCUGGCAUGGCUUGGUGUAGGUGGAAACCAAUUAGAAGGGGGUUUACCUAGCAACUUAGGCUUCACUCUUCCGAAUAUCAAGUUUAUCAACACGUAUCAGAACCACCUCACUGGACCCAUUCCCGAGUCAAUAUCCAAUGCCUCUAACCUCAAGCUAAUCCAAAUCAACGAGAACAAUUUUACUGGGAAAGUUCCUUCUUUUUCAAAGAUAAGAGGACUCUGGUGGUUUAGUAUUGGCCACAACAACUUAGGAGGUGAGCAAUCUACUGAUUUGGACUUCCUCUGCUCUUUAACUAAUUCCACAAAAUUGGAACUUUUGGGCAUAGCGGAAAAUGCUUUUCGAGGACUAAUACCCGAUUGUAUCAAUAACCUCUCGAUCACCCUUUCCUGGUUUGGGUUAGCAUACAACCAUAUUUCUGGAACCUUACCUUCCGAAAUCGGAAAUCUCAUCAAUUUGGAGGUUUUGCGAUGGCAAGGCAAUAACAUCUCGGGAAACAUUCCUUUUGAGAUCGGAAAUCUGAACAAAUUGAAGCUUUUGCAUCUCGGCCAAAAUAAAUUAUCGGGGCAAAUACCGGAAUCGUUUGGGAAUUUAAGGAUGUUAAUCAAAUUGUACUUAGACAGAAAUAAUUUCCAAGGCUCGAUACCAUCGUCUUUGAAAAAUUGCCAAAAUCUACUUCUCUUGAACCUUUCGACCAACAACCUCAGCGGUUACGCACCUAAGGAGAUUAUGGGCCUCUCAUCUUUGUCAAUUUGCCUCGACUUGUCUCGAAAUAGUCUUAUUGGCUCCCUUCCAGAAGAAGUUGGAAAAUUGCAAAAUCUCGGUGAACUACGUCUUAACGGGAACGGAUUAUCUCAAUAG